AUGAGGAGGCACAAGAAGAAGAGAAAGUCCGACAGGAGGGAGGGAAGGGGGGACAUGUGGGGGGAGUCCUCAGGCUUCGUCAGAGACGAGGAGAGGAAAGACCAGAGGAAGAGGAGGUCUGUUUUGCAAAAACAGCUGAGGAAGAAAAAGCUUCUGUUGAAGAUUAGACGAGGGGGGGGAGGGGGAGGAUAUGAGCUGGUCACAACAAGAGGGAUGAAGAUACAAAUCCUGUCAUCUCUCAAAGUCCCAGUGAAACGUUUUGCCUGCUCCAUCUGUCCCCACGCCAUGUUCGCCCGCCAGGCCGGCCUGCUAGCCCACAGGGCAGCUAAACACACCCAGAGAGUCCUGUCCCCCCAGGAGCGUCUGUGCUGCGGUGUGUGUGGGAAGCAGUCUCACAGGCUCCUGGAAGCCUUCAUCCACCGGGCGACUCAUCGCGCCCGAGGGUCCUUCUCCUGCAGACGCUGCUCUGCUCGCUUCUGGAACGCCCCCCUCCUCCGCAGGCACAAGGUGACCUGCCGACAUCGGGCCAAGGGACUUCCACGAGGUGGCGCUAUCCGCCUGAAGUUGUCCAAGAGGGCGGGGGAGAGGAAGAGCAGAGAGGAGCAGGGGGAGAUGUCGCACUCCCUGCUUACAGAGUACAGAUACUGAGCUUGCUGAAUUCUAAGGUAGUGGCAUUUAGAUUUUCAUUGAUAGGAAAGGGAGAGGUUAUCAGUUUUGGACUAUACAUAGAAGAAGAUGGACUUUAAAAAAACAAAAGCCUUUGGGGGGGCGAUUGAAUUGGUCUGGUGUCUGUCUGGACCUCAUCAACUCAACUCACUGACUGUUAGAAUGACUGUUUUAACAACAUGAACUACUGUAGAUCAACCAAGGAUCACCCGGAAUUCUUCCAUCCAACUGUAUGGGAGGAUGUUGAAAGACAUUACUGUUUUCAUAUGAUCAUUAACCCUUAAGUGCAUUGACACUAUGCUUGGCUGACACUGUGCAGUUAUUAGACAUGUUUAGGUGAUUUGACCUGCUAAUUUAACUCUACCCCCUCAGCCUUACUAGCAUCCCUUCUAUACCCCUAGCUGUAUGAUAACUCUGUCUCUGCUGUGUACUAUGUCUUGUUGAUGUUCACCUAGAGCCCCUUUGGGGAUUUUUUUAUGUAAAAAGUGCAUUUAGUAGGAGUAGGGAGAGGGUGGGACACAGACUUCUGGUUGGUAGAGAGGCAGUCUGUUUGUCGGUGCAUGUGUGUUUUUUGGUCAGUUUGUUGCGGAGGUUGUGAACUCACUAUGUGAUGAUUAAUUCAGUACAUCCGAAAAGGACGUGUUUUAAGCGUAAGUUAAUAAAGUCCUGACAAAUGUCCCCAGUGAUUUAAUCACGUCUUUAAAAAUACAUUUGAGAAUCUUAAUAGAUUGAAGUGAAUACCACUUCCAGACAACAAAGUGUAUCUUACAAAAAGCCUUGCUAAUCAUGACUUUAUUUCAUUUUCAUGCCUGUGGAAACAAUUGUAGCUUUUAUACCAAGAUAUUGAGAUCAAGACAGGAUGAACAAAGCUCACUGUAACGUAUAUUGUGUUAAUAUCUUAUCAUUUACAUUUACAUUUAAGUCAUUUAGCAGACGCUCUUAUCUUAUCACUGCUGUGUUUGUUUUCACAAAGUACUUUAUUUAGCUUUUACUGUUCCUUCAUAGUAGCAAAACCAGUUAUGAUUACAUGUAUUAAUGUGUGUUUAACUCCAUCUGUCGACCUGCCAAACCUGGAUUCUAUCCUGUCCUCUUCUCUUAUUUUUUUGCUGAGUUGCAAUCAUGUUCAUAACCCUGUCGGGCCUUGUUUUAUCUUCUAAAGAAAAAGAAUAGUUCUAAGUACAUUUCUAUCACUUUAUUUACUUAAAACAAAGAUAGUUGUUGAUUAUACUUCAGCAUUGAAUAAAACAUAAGUGUUC